CCCUAGUCAGAAUAAUAAUCAAAAAAAGCAGCUCACACAUUUUCUUUUGUCGUGUGUGUUGCUAGUACGUAAUAUUAUCAAAAUUCCCAAAUAAAAGGCCAACAGUCGGCAAGCUGAGCCAGGCGUAUUUUACGCAACAAAACUUGGAGCGGAGCGGAGCGAUUGCAGGUAUUGCAGCAACAACAAGAACUAGAGAACCACACAAGCAUCAUGGCGAAUAUGGCUGUAUCACGCAUAAAGCGCGAAUUCAAGGAAGUUAUGCGCAGCGAGGAGAUCGUGCAGUGUUCUAUCAAAAUCGAACUUGUCAAUGACAGCUGGACAGAGCUACGGGGCGAAAUAGCAGGCCCCCCCGACACACCAUACGAAGGGGGAAAGUUUAUACUGGAAAUUAAAGUGCCCGAGACAUAUCCGUUUAAUCCCCCAAAGGUUCGUUUUAUCACGCGCAUCUGGCACCCAAACAUCUCAUCUGUGACUGGCGCCAUUUGCCUGGACAUACUCAAGGACAACUGGGCAGCGGCGAUGACCCUGCGCACGGUGUUGCUAUCCCUGCAGGCCCUGCUGGCCGCUGCCGAACCCGACGAUCCGCAGGACGCUGUGGUAGCAUACCAGUUCAAGGACAAGUACGAUCUGUUUCUGCUUACUGCGAAGCACUGGACGAAUGCUUACGCAGGAGGUCCGCACACCUUCCCAGAUUGUGAUUCAAAAAUUCAACGCCUUAGGGACAUGGGCGUCGACGAGCAUGAUGCGCGCGGAGUCCUCUCUAAGGAGAACUGGAACUUGGAAAAGGCCACCGAGUGCCUGUUCAGUUAGCUUGCUAAGAGCCCAGUAGUAGCACCUACAAUAGCCACAGCUCCCGAAAAAAAACACCACUAAAUUCAAGCCGUCGCGAUUCGAUUGCCAUUUAUGCAAAAUUUUAGAUUGUCAAUCAGAUAGAACUCGAACAGGCAGCAGAUGGUCUAGGAGCACGCUGAUACUGGUGCAGGAGGAUCCACGAGACCCGAUUUUCAAUUUUUUAAAUGCUUUUCUCCAGUUAUUCAAACAGCAACUCCCCUGCCCCACUCGCACAUCUAAAUGCUGUAAGUGCUUUAUUUGGUUUAAAACUAGUUCGUUCCUUAAUACACCAGAUUCAACGCAUAAA